GAGAUGAGAGGAGGUGCGUAGUCAGAGUGGGCGAAGAUGGCGUCGAGCAAGAAAGGUGGAGGGAACGGAAGAUUGGAGAGGGGUAUGAAUGGAAGACGCUCUUCCAGAUUCAAAGAGGGUCCUGUGGUCUCAAGCGCUGAUCCUGACAGGACCCACUUGAGCAGAGAGGAGACAGACAUGGACAAAGCCUUGAACUCAGAUGCUGUGAUGGACACCAAGGCAGUGUUUGCAGCCCUGUACAGUGUGUGCGAAGAAAAUGCAGCUUUCUUCUCAGGAGGAGCCAAAGGAUCCCAGGCCGAUGCAGCACGUCGGCUGGUGGAGACCAUGAAUCUGAUCCAGGAGCACGCUCGCAGUCUGGAACCCGUUAUUUCUGGCUUCGCUGCCGUUUAUCAUCAUUUUGAUUUUGACCCACACAUACCUGCAAAUGGCUAUCGCUCACUGGUCAAGGUUGUGCGUUGCUGUCUUCUCCACAUCAUCCACAAGGGGCGCUACAUCUCGGCCAACCGCCGCAGCAUCUUCUUCCGAGUAGCACAUAAUGCCGGGGAGAUGGAGGCGUACUGCAAUGCACUGUGUCAGCUACGUGCCCUGCUAUACCUGGCUCAGCGCAUGCUGCAUGACAACAGCCACGGAAACCUGUUUUUCCAGGAUGAAAGCGGACUUAGUGAGAGUUUUGUCCGUGAAUACUCAUCCAUGCAUAAGGGGUGCUUCUAUGGCCGUUGCUUGGGCUUUCAGUUUACUCCAGCCAUUCGGCCAUGUCUUCAGACCAUCGCUAUUGGCCUUGUUGCCUUUGGAGAAAACUACAGGCGCCAUCAGUCAGGAAUAGUGGACACAGGAGGUAUUGCACCAUAUGGUGUGGCAGCCAGCUCUUUCUUUACCUCAGGAAAGUAUGCCAUCGACCCAGAGCUGAGAGGGACAGAAUUUGAACGAAUCACUCAGAAUCUGGAUGUCCAUUUCUGGAAAACUUUCUGGAACAUCACUGAGACUGAGGUCCUUUCGAGUCUCGCCAGUAUGACAUCUACUCAAGUUAAGGUGAAUCGAGCUCUUUCUGUGCCCCCUGUGCCCUUUGACCUUCCGUUGGCAGCCAAUCACAGAACAUCUGUAACCAUAGCUCCUCCAUCAGCCCACAUCGGCACUGCUCCGGUUCAGAUGAGACUCAUCUCUUAUGACUUGCAUGAAGGACAGGACAGUGAAACUCUGCUAUCUCUCUCCCGCUCUGAGGGUGGUGCUAUUUCUCUAUCCCUGGGACUGAAGACCAAGCGCCUGCCUUCCUCUCCCUGCCUCCUGAUCCACUUUCAUGGGGGAGGCUUUGUUGCCCAGACUUCCAAAUCCCAUGAGCCCUAUCUAAAGAGUUGGUCCCAGGACCUUGGUGUCCCCAUCCUUUCAGUGGAUUACUCUCUGGCCCCUGAAGCCCCCUUCCCUAGGGCCCUGGAAGAGUGUUUCUAUGCUUACUGUUGGGCUCUGAGAAACCACCACCUACUAGGAUGGACUGGAGAGAAGGUAUGCUUGGCUGGUGACAGCGCGGGAGGAAAUUUAUGUGUGACGACAUCAAUGCGCGCUGCUGCCUUUGGUGUACGAAUGCCAGAUGGCAUUGUGGCAGCCUAUCCAGCUACCCUGCUGACGGCCUACGCAUCGCCCUCCCGUCUGCUUACGCUUAUGGAUCCCCUGCUGCCUCUUAGUGUGCUCUCCAGGUGCCUUAGUGCCUACGCAGGCACCGAGCCACAGACUGAGAAGCAAGUAGAAAAAGUGAGCACACUGAGCCUGGUGAGGAGAGAUACAGCGUUGUUGCUGCGAGAUUUCCGACAGGGAGCCUCCAACUGGAUCCACUCUCUGCUGGAUCCCAACAGAGCCUCUUCCUCCCCCAGCACAGCUGCAGAGGCACCAUCAGAAGCUACUGAUACACCUGCAACCGACACAGUAAGGAAAAGCAUUUCUGCAGCAUCAAUCUCUUCUCCUCACGCUGACCCGCCUGUGCCCUCUGAGCCAUCAGAGUUCCCCACCAGGAAAUUAUCUGUGAAGAGCAAGACUUGCCAGGACUUGGGAGCACACAACAGCUCUGUUCCCCAAAGUCCACCGCUGGUCUCUGAGCGCGCUCUAGAAGAUGUGAGUUUCUUCCUAACCAAGGACCAAGAUCCCUCAAUUUCCGAUGACCUGUCCUCUGUGGCCAUACCUCCCCCUGUUGGAGAGGAUGGAUCAGAACUGAAGCACCCCAGAGAGUUUCCUCUGGGGUUUGAGCCCCUGCGCUCUGAGCAGCUGGCUGAGAUGAAGGUGCAGACUUCUCCAGUGGUCAAGGAUCCUUUCUGCUCACCACUGCUGGCCCCUGAUAGCAUGCUGAAAGGACUGCCACCUGUACACAUAGUGGCUUGUGCAUUAGACCCCAUGCUGGAUGACUCGGUGAUGUUUGCCAAGCGUUUGAGGAACAUAGACCAGCCUGUCACUCUGUGUGUGGUGGACGACCUCCCCCAUGGCUUCCUCAGCCUAUCGCAACUCUCCAGGGAAACGAGGGAGGCUGCUAACAUCUGCGUGGAGCGAAUUCGCGCCGUCUUCACCCAGAAGGACACGCCCCCAGAGCCACGUAAACACCGCAAGCUGGAACGGACCGAUAGAGGCCUAUCAGCUUCUUCUGGGGAAACUGGUUCUCUCUUUGUUGGCCCCAUUGAGGAAACAGAGCCAGCUGUUGGUAGAGGGGCUAAAAUAGCUGAUGGGGAGGGCUCAGUGGCAGCCCAGAAUAACACUGAUGCUGGUGGCAUCGGUGCUUAAAUAAAGUUAGAUUUGAAAGAAAAAAAAAGGUGACUGAAGUUCACCCAAAGAGUGAUGGGAGGAAGAGUAAAUGAAAGUCAGUCAGACGUAGGCAGUGCAAUGCCUAAAUGAGAGAUGAAGGCAGGAUCCUGAAAAGCAGCAGUGGGCGGGAGGGGGCAGUCUAGGAGAUUUCUGUGUUUGAAAGACAAAACAAGAGGAGGUGGAGCGCUGAAAUGCAUCUUGAUCUGCUUUACAAUUACUACCACUUGUCUGUGCAGCAUUAUACACCAUUGCAUAUCUGGCAGACAAAACGAACACACCCACUUAAAACAGUUAUGUUUCAGAAUGAAAUGAUGAUUCAGAAGCUCCUUAGAUCAAAGACCAGCACUCACCCACAUGCAGCACACUUAAAAGAACUGCCAUCAGGCUGCAGAGGCUCGGACAUAAAGCAGCGUGGAUGAUUCUUAAGAUGACGCCUAAAUGGGUUAUUCAUCUAGGCCGAGACAGACCCUAAUCAGCUAGUGGUGGGCACACUGUAUGCUUCUGUGUAGUCAUCAGCAUCAAAAUGGCAACUUGUCCUAUAGGGAUCCACUCUUAAAUCACACUUAAUAACUCCACAUUGUGCUGUUCAUUAAGCCACUUUGGCAGUCAAUACAGCUUUUUUUUUGUGGAUAGUAACUCAGACUUUCACCCAAAUAUAAUUACAGAUCUAAAACACAACAGAGUGAAAGACUCCAAACUGGAGGGAUUGAUUUGCUUCUUUCUCAACAUUCUGUUUUAAUAAGAUUAAAUCUAUGCAAGAGUAUUAGUUUAGUUAUUUAUAUCAGUUUGUAUUGCUGUUACAAUCCUCGAGUCCUGACAGGCUUGUUUUGAUUUGUGCACUAUACUAUGUAAUGUAAUCCUUUGCUGUUUAUACAAUGGCUUUAAAUAUGCUCUAUAUCUACCACUGCUAUUUUAGCAUCAGCUGCUCUGACAUCCCUGGCCUUUCCAAUCAGUAGAAUAUAGUUAUUGUAAAGAGAAACUGUAAAGUAUAACAAAGGGACAGAAUGUCCUGUCUCGCAGUUGCCUUUUGCUAUUUGUAGUGGUGAAUUUAGUAACCCAAAGACUGAAUUUUAUUGAUGUGACAGUGAAAACAGGAUGUGGUCCUAUCUUUGGACAUAAUGGCUCUCAGCAGGCAUGAGUUUUUUUUUCCCCCAAUAUUUCAAGACUGGAAAGAUUUUCUCAGUAUUCUCCUCUUGCAGAAAUGGAGUUAGAGCAGAGCAGUAAAAAGCCCAGCUCUCAGCUAUCAAUACACAUUUUAAACUUGACUGCACUGAUUUCCUUGCAGGUUGUCGCAGCUUAUCUCCAGGUGUUGCUCACUGCUUCUCUUUGCAGGAUGUCAGAGUACCACUUCUUUCCAGCCUGGGGAUUUCUGACCUGACAACUAGAUUCUUUUUUUCUUUUGUUUGUUUGUUUGUUUUUUAACAGAGACCUUCAGGCAAAGCUUGUGGACCCCUACUGUGAAAAGCAACUGCAAAAGUGCUUUGUAAAAGCCUCUUGCUUGUAUUUGCCUGUAUGAAAAGUGGCCGCUGAUCCCAUAUUUCUCCUUCCCUCAGCUACAUUUUGGGUUGCUUUUGUUUUUGAAAACUUGAGGGCAAUCUGAGCUCAUUACCAUUAAAGCACUUUGAAGUACACAAAAAUGUCCUUCAGAUGGUUAGUCCAUAUAUCAGGUCCAACUAAAUAUAGUUGCCAACAAUGCUGGCUCUGUCCGUCCCUUGCCUGGUAACGGGCCGAGGUUGCCAGGUCUGCAGAGAGGGACGCUGUUUGAUGAAUAGGAUUUAGCUGACGCUCUGAGUGCAAAAUCCUCCCCCUGAAGAAGGGCAGGAUUUUCAACAGCAGCUACAGGAUUAGACCACACUGGGUUCUGUCAGCUACAGACGUACUUACUGCAAUAUUUUUAGUCAGAUUGAUGGGAAGAACGAAGCCCACGAAGAGGAAAGAAGUUAUAUUCUCGCUCUCUGUGAACCGUUGGGCUGAAGUCUGAACUUGCUUCAAAAGCCACUUUUUAUGCUCACGGUGCACUUUUGCUGCAGUUGUUGAUCAGUGCAAGUUUAUUUUGAGCUAAAGCCUGUGUAUGUGUCAUUGUUUGUCCUCUUCUCUUGGUCUUCGUGUGUCUGUUGGAGUCUAUGUGUGCACACUCGCAUGAUCUCAGUAGUGUGUUUUGUGUGGGGAAACAUGAGUACCCAUGUGGAAGCAACCUCAUUGUUUGUGUCAUGUGUUCACAUAAAGGCUAGAAUGGCACUUUAAAGUCAAGAGACUAUUCAUUGGAUUAAUUAUUUUUGUUGAUGGUAACCUCUUUUAUGUUGUCAAGCCUCUAAGGGAUAACAGUCUUUUUAUAUGCUGUGUAUAGACUUAUUCACCGAUGUUGAGAACACUACAAAUGAUAGACAGCUGAGCUGAUAGAUGGUUUGCAUGAAAAUGUAAAAAUAACUGUGUCAAAUUCUUACACCUACUGUGUAUUAGCCUUGACAUGCCUCGUAGCCCGAUUGGCCUGUUACGCUUCAUGAGUGCAGGUGAUGGCCCGGAGAGCCCAUCUGGUGUUCUGGUGAGAUGAUUUCAUAGUAGUCAGUGUUAACUUUAAUUUCCCUGUUCCUGACAAAGUUGGGGGGCUUGUUCUGAUGCUUAUAUGUUGACUGCAUCUAUGAGAUGAAAUUAUUAUUUCAGUGUAGUUUUAAAUUCAAUUGCUCAUAGUUUGAUUUAUUUAUGUCGGUGAAACAAUUUUAUACUCUAAUCUUCCCUGUAAGUUGUGGAUUUAGAGUUUUUGUUUAGUUUUGUUCAGAUUUAGUCUUUUUUUUUUUUUUUUGCUCAUUUAUAAUGUGCUAGCUGAUGACUUCAUCCAAGGCAGCAUUUACAGGAAAGUAACAUACUUUACACGCUAGCAUUAUUUUUAUUUUCAGUCUCUGCCUCCUCAGUCAGAAAUACAGUGAUGCUAUGUAUUUUUGUGCAAUGAAUUUCAAUCACUUCAAGCUUUAGCUUCACAGCUCACACCAACACGCAGUAACACUUGAUUUAAAGUUGGUGUAAGUUUCUUAAAGGCCGACCUGUAAAAAAUACAACAAUGUGUUAAACUAACCUCAAGCAUUUCCCAGAAAUGCUUCCUUAUGACAUAUACUAGAAAGAGUUGGAUGGCUUUCGUUCAUGGUUGAAGUUUAAAGCAGAACCAAAGACUGCAGCCAUAGAAACAGAUGUAGUAUCUUUGUUUUGAUGUUUACUGUUAACCACUCCUAUUUAAAAUGCAGGUGCUGGUCAAUGUCAUAGCCUGUCUGUGUCAUAGCACUCCAUAUGCAUAUUGUGCUGCAUCAGUCAUAAUGUAGUUUUAGUCUUUUCAAAAAUGAAAAAAAGAGAGAAAAACAAGCCAUAUACUGGGGAUAAAAUAUUUAAAGUUUACUUUUUAUCUGUUUAAGUUGUCAUUUUGCUGAAAACACCACAAGUGCAAACCUGUGAAUAAAAAAAACAGAAUGUAUAUGCAUGAUUAUUAUUCAUGUAGAUAUUUUUUCUUUCAAAAUUGUUAAUCAGAUUGAUUGCAGUUUGAAUUCUCUGCAUUUUCUGUGCAGGUUCCAUGAUAGUAUAUCUGAUGCACUAUGUGUAGGCUGGUUUCUUCCUUUGUUGAUUUUUAUCUAAAUAAAUAUAUUCUGCCAUAAA